AUGUAUGCACAGACUACAAUUUUGGUGGAUCUAGAAUACAGAGCAACUCAGACACAGAAUGCCAAGAAUGUCCAUCUUUUUAUCACUCCAACGAGAGCUAUAAAUGUACGUAUUUCUUUACCAUAUGUAGAUCCUGAGUGCUACGAUUUAGUCUACAAUUCACGUAAAACAAGCAGAUCAAUAGAUUCAACUAGUCCGUCUACUUUGAAGACCACGACUGUAUCAGACAAUAAGGAAUCCAUUACACCCUCAAGAAAGGAACUGAUGUCUACUGAUCCGGAUUCAGCUCCCUCUAGACAGAAAGGGUUCUCAAUUGACCCGGAUUCAGAAUCAGAUCUUGAUAUCAAAAUACUCAUCCCAAUCUGCAUCGGAAUUGCCAGCCUAAUAGCUGUUAUUCUCGUAUGUGCUGUUUAUCGUUCAAGAAAAGAAUGUUCCAUUAUAAGAGAUAUCAUUUCACGGAUAUGCACGUUUCGGACGAAACAAAAACACACCAGCUUUAAUGAAAAUAUCAAUACUCACAUUGAGAACACACCUUUAAAAGAAGAAACAACAGACCACUGUUCGGUAAAUAUGGAACCAUCAUGACGAUAGAGGAGAAAAAUAAUAUUUGAUCCUUAGAAAAACUACCACUUGAUGACGCAAUAAUACGUCAUUUAUAUUGUUUAUGCAUUCAUCUGUUACAGACUGAGAAAAAUGGCAGCUAAUGUUUUUGUUGUGUAUACACGUACUGUUUUAUACUUUUUUAUUUUAUACAUUUUAUUACAUUUAAUUUGUGGACUGUGCCAAACUUUAAUCAAUAACGAUACACCUUUUUGAGAAUGGUCUUUUUCACACUGGAAUAUAUCAGAUCCUAUGA